UGGACAAAAACCAGCUAGCUUGGGUUUUAGAUUUUCUCACUCACAUAUCAUAUAUCCAUUACUCUCUAUUUAAGCAUUUACCAGCUCAACUCUAUGAGAUCUGCUGUAUCAAUUUCUCAAAGCCCAACAUUAUUGUUGAUGAUUCUGUCUAGCUUUUUCUAAGAUCGAUCGAUCGAUCGACUACUUAUUACAACUACUACUAGUACGUACUACUGCUUUAUUCGAUCCCACACUGCUGGAAAUGAAGAUAUUUAAUUGGAUGCAAAGCAAGCUCAAAUAUGGCAAAGCACAUAAUGAGAACUGCAAGAAACCAACAUCAAAACCAUUUCCCCAGGCACCACUAGUGCAGCAAGAAUAUUCAACAGCGAAAGAAGAAGUGAAUGACUGGAUUUAUGGUUUGCUGGCAAUUGGGACAUUAGGAAAUAAUGAUUUCAAUAAAGAAGAUGAUCUUGAAAAGACCAAUAAUCUCAAUGCCCAGGGCAUUAAUAAAUCAUCAUCAUCAUCUUGUGAAGACCAUUUAUUAAGAGACCCAAUAUCUGAUCAGCCUGAUGAGGAAGAUGGAAGCCUGAUACAGAUUGAUUUGAAGUCAUUAAUAUUGAUGCAUAACAAGCAAGGUGAUGAUCAUGGUGGUGGAGAAGUACUAGCUCCCUUGGAAAGGUUUCUAAGUAGGCAAUCAAUCUUGGAACAUGAAAGAAUUAAUGACUCUAACAGUAGUAGUACCAAAAGUAGUAGUGAUUCUCUUCAGCCCAGCACAAUGACCAGCUUAGCUCUCAGCAGAGGCAAAGAUGUUACUGUGGACAACACAAAAAAUGCCAUUGUUGGCAAGAAAUCCUUCUCUUUUCUUCUUAAGAAGAUAUUUGUUUGUACAAGUGGCUUUCCUAAUUCACCUCCCACACCAAAAGCUCCAAUUCCAGAACAAAGAAUGGAAAAGAUACUUAGAGCAAUACUUCACAAAAAGAUAUAUCCCCAAGGUUCAAGUAGUCCUUCAUUGUCUAUGAAAAAGUACAUUGAGAAUAGACACAUGCACAGCUCCAAUGAUCAGGAUGACUUAACCGAUGAUCAGAAAGCAGUCAAUGGAAGCAAAUGGGUCAAAACUGAUUCAGAAUAUAUUGUUCUAGAGAUAUAAGCUUAGCUGACUCAUCAUAUGCAUCAUUGACAGCCUUUGGAGAAUACAGGGUUGUAAAUUGAAGUUGAAAUCCAAAUUUUUGGAGCUAGUGAUUGGAGGUGCAGUCAUCCAUAUGAUAUAAAAAUAAUAUCAAUGUAAUAUAUAUAUAUAUAUACACAAAUAUAUAUAUGAUGUGAAAAUGCCGGCGGGUUUAGUUCUCAAAAAAAAAAAUGCCGGUGGGUUUAUAUAGACUAGCUUGUUUUUUCAUAUAAUAAUAUGUAAAAUAAUAAUAUAUAAUAAGCUCCGAUAGAGGAAGGAAGCUAAUAUUGUGCUCUGAUUCACAAUAAAAUUGUAUACAACCAUUUCAAGUUCUUA